AUGUCGGGCGAUGCGGACGUACUCAGCGAGCUGCUGAUCGCCCGUAUUCUUGAGGAGGAAAUGCUCGCACUCACUCAUGCCCAAGAGGCCGAGAAAAUCCAGGUGGAUCUGAUGAUUGAUGAGUCUGAUCUGCUGGCAGGAAAGGGAAGUGGCAAGCAUAAAGCUGUUGCACAGGAUCCCAUCAGUGAUAGUGAUGGAGAUCUCGUGCUGAAGAUGGUAAUCAAGGAGCUUCGCAUGAGCAGCGAUGCAACACUUGCACAGGCGCUGCAGCACUCCGAUGAUGUCACAAUCAUUGCCAGCCAACAGCAUGCACAACGCCUUGCAGCAGCAGAGAAAAAGCUGCUUCUUGAUGCUGAGUUUGCAAGGCGAUUGCAGGCUGUCGACGACAAUGCGAACGCCGAUAUCGAUACCGCAGAAUAUAUGGAUGCCGAGACCGUAUUGGGUCGAGAGACCAUAGAACAGCUACUGGCUUCGGAUCCCAACGAUAAAGGAAAGAAGAGUGUUACUGGAAAGGGAAAAGGGAAAUCGCCAGUACUUAUUGUGCUGUUGAUAGCCGUGAACAAGGAUGUGGAUGUACCAUCUGUCGCCUAUCCAAUCUGCGGCAUCUGCAUGGAGCCCUUCCAAGCGACUCACUCUCCCCUCGCCUCCUCUGCUUCCGCCAAUUCAUCUGCACGCCUCAAAUUUGGCUUGCGCUUGCCCUGCCCUGGCGUGCACGCGUACUGCAUGGGUUGCCUCGGCGACUACAUCCGCUCAAAGCUCGAUCCGGAUGGCGACGAGACCACGAGCAUGAAUCGAGUCGUCUUUCCUAUACGCUGCCCGGAGUGUCCACUGAUUGAAUGGGCGGACGGAAUACCAGACGAGGUUGCGACGCGGAUCCUACCGGAGAAGAAUAUGGUGCUUUGGCACCACCAGAAGCUUCUGGAUAGCAUGCCGCGAUACUAUUGUCCAAACCCUCGCUGCUCGGCGUUGGUACAGGUGCACGACGAUCCGGACGAUCCCUUGGCUCAAUGCCCUUCUUGCAAUUUCCGCAUAUGCGUCCCGUGCAGGGUUGUAUGGCAUGAGAACUUGACAUGCGAAGAAUAUCAGGCACUACCGCUUGAUGAGCGAUCACCGGAAGACCAGCAAGCCUUGCAACUGAUGAAGGCCCAGCACUGGCGCAGAUGCCCGAACUGCUCUUUCAUCGUGGAACUGACCGUAGGAUGCAACCACAUCACAUGCCGCUGCAAGACGGAGUUCUGCUUUCGCUGCGGAUCGCUGUGGGACGUCCGGCGCCAACGUUGUACUCGAAACCCAGCAUGCGAUCUCUGGGAUGAAGAGAUGCUCCUCGAAGAGCGCGAGCGCGAGCGGGAUCACCGUCAGGACCGCGUCGCCCGCAUGUUCGCGCCCCGCGAGGAGUCGCCUCCGCCCUACGAAGCGCCCCCCGUCCCUCCUGUGGGUCACGAGGAACCCGAUGAUCACGGGACGGAUGGUGGCGACGACCUCGAAUACUGGAUGGAUCCCGAACCCGGCAACUUCGACUGGUAUGAUGAUACCGGCAUCUCCGAUGGGACGGAUGAUGUCGGCACCUUCGACUGGAUGGAUGAUCCCAAUGUCUUCUGCACGCGGCACUGGUUCACGACACAGAUGAUCCAGACCCUGACAUGCGGGUACUGCGAUGCGAAGCUGAACUCGUUCGCGGAUCUGCGGUACCACCUGGGCCACGUCCGGCGGCACGACGUGUUCGCGUGCUGCGGGCGGUUCUUCAAGCGCGAGAAGGACCUGGAACGGCACCUCGAUGCAGAACCAAAGCGGUUCGGGCGGCAUGUGCAUACCGUGCGUACGGAUCGGUGAGACUGC